UUGAUACAACGAGAGAGGGAGGUCGGAGAGAACAGCCGUCGAAGUUGGUGUGUUGUUUAUGGAAAGAAGAACUCCGUGGAUUAAACGCAAAGGGAUGGAUUUGACUACGUUUCACUUUUGUUAUUUUCUAAUAGUUCUCAUCACAGGGUCUAGCCAUGGCCUGGAGAUCAUCUCGGGAGGCCCCUCCACUGUGGAGAAGGCCAGUGGCGAGAGUGUGAAGCUCGACUGCCAGUUCACAUUGGCCCCCGAGGACUCGGGCUCGCUGGACAUCGAGUGGAGCCUCCAGCCCUCAGACAACCAGGAUGAGGAGAAAGUGGUCAUCCUGUACUCUGGCGACCGGGCGUACGAGAACUACUACGCUCCUCUGAAGGACCGCGUCCACUUCAACUCCAUGGACCCCAAAAACGGCGACGCCUCCAUCAACCUGCUGGCGCUCAAGUCGGCCGACACGGGCACGUACCAGUGCAAGGUGAAGAAGGUGCCGGGCAUCCGCAGCCGCAAGGUGGUGCUGCGAGUGAUGGUCGCUCCGUCUAAGCCGCGGUGCUACUCGGAGGGGGCCACGCAGGUGGGCAAGGACGUGGUGCUGCGCUGCGACUCCACCGAGGGCACCAACCCCAUCACCUACACCUGGGAGAGGGUCACCGGCAACAAGCUGCUGCCCGCCACCGCCGUUCUGGACCCUGUGAGCGGCAGGAUCAACAUCCGCAACGCCAGCGAGGGCUCCUCGGGGACCUACCGCUGCGUGGCCAAGAACCGCGUGGGCAUGCAGGACUGUGUGUACGAGCUGAGCGUCAUCCCGCCUCCCAACACGGCGGGGAUCGUGGCGGCGGCGGUCAUCUGCGUGCUCCUGGCCCUCAUCAUCAUCGCCAUCAUCCUCUUCUGCUGCUGCCGCGCUCGCCACCGCAAGAAGUACGAGAAGGAGAUCUCCUACGAAAUCAGAGAGGACGUGCCCCCUCCGAAGAGUCGCGUGUCGACGGCGCGUAGCUUCACCAGUGUGGGCAGCCAGCGCUCCUCGCUGGGCUCCAUGUCGCCCUCCAACCUGCACGAGUACACCAAGCCGCAGUACGACAAGAUCCCCUCGGACGAGUUCGAGCGGCCCCCCAGCCACGCGCCCCUGCCUCCCCCCGGCAAGCCCGUGGGCCCCAACCUCAGCCGCAUGGGCGCCAUCCCAGUCAUGAUCCCCGCCCAGAACAGGGACGGGUCCAUCGUGUAGCGACCCCCCCCUCACCCUCACCCCAGACUCUCAUCAUCGUACAGCGCCAGGUCUCUCCGUGUGACUGCGUGUGUGUGUGUGUGUGUGUGACUGAGUUUGUAUGAGUAACUGUGUUAAAACCCCACAACGCACUCAACACCUGGACAAACAGAAGACAAACUGAAGAUGGUAGAUGAGACUGGAAAGAAGAAAAAGAAAAAAAAGAAACACAUGAAUUGACUUUCAGAACUUCUCCUGACCUGAAGAAGAUGAGUGAUUGACAUGCUUUAUGGUCUGCAGGAUGAGUUGGAGUUCCACUGUUUUUAUUGUUGUAAAUAGCCCCGUGCAUGAUCUCUUUUGAAGCUUAGAUGAUCCUGUCAAAUGAAAUCUUAGGUGAAAAUGAUUAUAAACGGUUUUCACACGGAUACAUAAUAAUAUAUCCUGUAAAAGCCAACAAUGCGUCAUCUAAAUUAGACAUCUGAAUAUGAUAAUGUGCUGAACGCUUUAGCACCUAGUCACCUACUGGUACCUUUUAAUGAAUUUGGCCUUCUGUUUUAGUUAGCCGGUGUGACCUCUGUCCAGGCUCCCAGCAUAUUACAUGACCACAUGUCUCAGGAUAUGGCUAAGUGAUGCUAAUGAAAUGUAAUGUUGAACAACAACACAGUCUCCCACCAGAAAGGCUUUACUGCAUCAUUUAAGCCUUCCAGGCCUGUUUAUGAAGUUCUUUCAUGUGCCCUUCGUGGGCUUUUCUUUUGUUCCUUUUUUGUUUUAAUUUUUUUUUUUUUAAUCAUGUUUCAAGAGAUUGUUUGAAGGAUAGAUAUUUACUGUCUAUUUUUCUUUUCCUUUUUAAUCAAGAUCUUUUACUCAAUCCUUAGUGGGAGUCUGGAACGCCCACACUCCCCUUGUCUUUUCCUUGUACAUGUUUGUGCCAUGUGGUUGGCGGGCUCUAGUAAUCUGCUGAGCUGAGCUCUCCUCUCCUCCUCCACCUCCUCCUCCACCUCUUGACCGUUUUUAGCGCCCUUGGCUUGGUGGUGGAGUGGUUCAAAAAGAAGGCUUUUGAUUGGUGGGUCUUUGUGUCUCCUCACGUGGGUACUGCACUCCCCCUCCACACACACAACUCCCCUCUCCUCCUUCGUUACAGGGCCGUUCCAAAGACUGUGUGUGUGUGUGUGUUUUUAGGGAGUAGCGGGGACUUGGGCUCGUGUGGGUCAUUCUCUGUUCACAGGGCACUCACAUUUGAUUAGCUUUGACUACAAACGGACCUGUCAACUCUGUUCACCUCAGAGUUGCUCUACUCCCACAGUUGAUAUUACAUAUCAACAUAUCAGCAUAUUGGAGGCCCCAUGUCCCCCUUAACGACACACACACAUACACACACCGCAUUUCUCUGAUUGCAUAACAUUUUUAGAACAAUGGCCACAAUCCAGCUCUUUUGGUCCCUUGUGUGUACAUAUAAGUAUUAAUCGCCUCGUGUGUGUAAUUGAAAAUAUGAAGUAUCCCACUUCUGGGUCUGUGGUGAGCUCUAUUAUUUGCACCAUCGGUCAGAUUAUUUAAUUGAAGGAUUAACUAAAUUUAGUUUUUUUCCCCUCUAAUAUAAUCCCUGCAGUCGUCAUAGCGUUGACCGCGUCCACAGACACUCAGAUUGAUGACCGAAAAAAAGCCUGUCGAGUCACCGUAGAAAACUGAUUUUGACCGCAAGAAGCCCUCCGUGACCAUCCCCUCUCCCGAGACCGUAGAGAGUCUGAAAUGAGCCCUGCAGUACAUGUGCCUUGACCGUGCUGGCUUUCAUAGACUAACGCAAAGGAUGUAGCCGACAAAACACCCACCGUGACCCACAGCAGCGUGGUCGGUGGCACUGACUUAGGUUGGCACAAACCAGUGUGGGUAUGGUGACGGGAAUACUUGGUAUACGUGAUACGGAUACUCGGUAGGAAUGCAUUGCACCCUGGUCAGGUUUGGUUGUGAAGGUCGCCAAACACUGUUUUGAAACUGACCUCGUUCACCUCAAAUGUUUAGCUGUGAUUUUUGAGUCCGAAUUUUAGUCAAACCAUCAGCUCAGUAUCAACAUGUCUCUUUAUCUCCAAACAUUAAUUUACAGUCUCUCCCUUGGAAGGAGCCUUUUUAAACAGCUGUUUCAGAUUUCAUUUUUUAUGAACAUUGUUUCUGUUUUAAUAUGUAUGUAUAUACUGUAAUUUUGAUUCCGAGUGUUAGUUUCAUUCAAAUGAACUGUGUACGAUAACUACUAGCUCACAUGCUGUUCUUAGCAAGUGUAAAUCUGAAGAUGACAUUUUUGGGGGUGGUGUGGGAAAUUGUAACGAGUUUAUACAUAAGUGAAGAGGAUUGUGUACAGACUCACACAGGUGAAGGCUGUAGAGAGAAUGUAUCCGAUAUCUGGGUUCAGGAGAAACAUUUGCAAACAAACGUGCUGGAAUUCAUUUCUUUUUGGGUGAAGAUCAAAGAAUAGGUGGAAGGCCUUUGCUCUUCAUUGUGGAGACGAGGGCCAUUCGUUCUUCUGUAAGCCCUCACGGCUGAAUGUUGUCCUCUGAUUUGUAUUUUUUUUGGAUAGGGACCAGGUAGUCCUUCGGUAGCAUAGACGUCUAGCCAUUCAACUGCUGAUCUAAAAUCAAAGUCAGUAGCGAUUAGGUGAAAUUGUACAGGUCCUUGAAGUUAAAUGGCAAUUACUGCUUCUAAUACCAUUAACUGUAGAUUUGAAAAAGUGUACUAAUAAUGUUUGAAGAUAUUCUCUUUUUUUCUUUCUUUUUUGGUUUGCACAUUAUGUAAAAACCUUAUUUUUUUUCUUUUGUGUGUGUGUAAUUUUGUGAUGUAUUUUUAAAUAAUAAAAUAAACUGAAAA